AUGGUGGAACCAAAUGCAGAAACAGAAAAAGAUGGUCUGUUCUUAGGUAAGGAGAAAGGCUGUGGGCCUGGACGAUAUUCAGAAGCCGGAGGAAACAGCUGUGGUCUAGCUUGGUUUGCACCCCCUGAUGAUGAAGCUUCCACAGUAGGUAAUGGUUCACCAAAUAUUGAAGUAUUUGCACGUCGUUUGCUUCCAGGGUUUAAAAAUAAGGCAGGAGUAGAUGUUAUAAUUGACUCUGAUGAGCUUGCUACCUGUCUGACUUCAUGGGUUAUUGAUAAGUCAUCCUCUUGCUCCUGUAUAAUGUGAAAAAAAUCUUAUUAAGCUAGUUUUUUUGUCACAAGUGAGACACCAUGCAACCUGAUUAUCCACUCUUUGAAAUUCACAAAAAGGCCCUUAAAAGUCCAUUAAUUUUAAAACUCCUUUAUAUUACAUGAAUUCAGUGGAAAAUUAAUACAUCAAACUCUCCACAAACAUUAAGUGCCAUUUCUAUUGGAUUUGACCAUACUUUUCAGUCAUUUUAACUCGGUUAACUUAAACUCAGACAACUCGAAUUCCUCGCAAGAUCAAAGUAAAUAGAGAGAAGUCGUUGCCAUGGUAGCAAAAUUUCUGAAUGACAACAAACCAAGAAGUCACUUAAAAAGUGGAUUCGCACUGUUUUAAACUUCGUCAAUCUUAUUUAAUUUCAUUCAACUUGUCAAAUGUUGGCGAAAUUUUCUGGGAAAAAUCUGAAAGGACCAUAACUGAGUUUAGAAAAAGGCACUUCUUGUGUUGUGCUCACCUACUCCAUAAAGCAGGCGAGUGAAAUUAGGAAGUUUCAUGUCGCAGUUGUGCAACAAUGGCUAAGAAAAUGUACAAAAAAGGGUGAUGCAGGUGCAAAGUUGUUUUUUUGCCAAUCUAAAUGUAUUGGGUUUUUUUGGCUGUUUGCCGUCGCUGUUGCAAAAACUCCCUAUUGUUGUCAUCCAGAAAUUUUGCUACCAUGGUAACAUGACGUCACACUUCUCGUCUCUAUUUAGUUCCCACCCGAACAACUUAAUUUCGGCUCUUGCAGCUCACCAUGGAUGCCAUCCUAUUACCUCAUCUUGUUGUGUAAUCAGAAAAAAAAACACACAAAACUAACACUACAGCAAUUAGAUUUUAGGUAGUGCAAUCAACAGAUCACAUAAUUAACAGUAUUUGUCUGAUAUACCGGAUCAUCAGAAUAAGAAUGCAUAGUCACAGUUUCUAAUGAAGUUUAAUUUGCAGCAUACCGUACACUGAUUGAAGUGUCAGAAAAUCAGUAAACUAAUAAUUAACAUGGCAAAGUGAAUAGUCAACCAACUCCAAUAACUUGAACCCUUGCUACAUGUAACUCCAACUGUUUUUACUUGUGGAUUAUCCAUGAGUAUUGUGGGGAAUCUGUAGGCAAAUGUGUCACUCACUCAUAACCUGAAGUUUGAUCUAACUAGCCAAUCAAGAGGAAUAGUAUUUCAAGCAAAUCACAAGACUCCCAAUCUCAUGCUUUUUUGGGCAAAUAUCAUUCUGAAAUGAAAUGUUUCUUCAGUUGAAUAAAAAAGGAACUGUUGCUGAAUCGUAAUUGAUUCUCCUCAGGUUAAUACAGAGAAUUGCAAGCUGUACAACACUACAAUGCCGUAAGCGAGAGACUUCGCAAUGGUUUAGCUUCAGAGACACUUAAUAUCGCUUUGUCAGACAUAUGUUCUUCAUAUGCGACGAAAUUAGUUAGAGUACAGCUUUUACCAUCAAAACCAUGCUUGCUUUCCUCAAAUAUAUCUUUCAAUUCUACAUAAAUAAGGCCCUACUAGCUACAAACACCGUCCACCAGCAGAAUUUCAUGGGCAAAAGUGAUAAAGAUAAUUAAUUCAUGUCGAAGGUCUGGGGUCCAACUCCUGCCAUAGGAAACUUUUUCUUUACUGCUUUUUUUUUUUCCUUAAAACAUAUUUUCACUUUUUUUACAGACUUAGAAUAUACCGGUAGACUAAGUACAAGUUCAUUAUCAGCUUUUGUUUCCACAAUAAUUAAUCCAUAAGUAGCCAUACGCACCCUUUGAUUUGAUUACCUUCACAGUUCAAGUUAACAUGGCUCUAUUGUACAAUCAUUUUGGUUCCCAAAAGGUCCAGGCAGAAAUAGAUUGCCAAAAGAUUUUGAGCAAAAUUCAAAAUCAUUGUUGAUGUUGUUGAGUUUUGGCUAAUAUUACCAUGCUAUGGUGAAUUUCCACAGUUCUGAUACACAACUGAUCUCUUAGCCACAUGUACUUCAGCUGUCAGGUGCUUUCUGCGGCUGUACAAUAAUAUUCUUGAUUAUACAAAAUCAUUUUGCAGCUGUACACUACCAGGGUGCAAAGAAAAUCAUUUUUACAGCUUGCUAUUCGGGCAAGUUGAAGCUAGCAUUUACUAGCCCAGACGUCAUUUCAACUAACCCCAAAAGCUUUUUGACAGGCAGAAUUGAUUGCACAGUUUCUGUACCCAAUGGAGACAAAAUAAACAUUACAACUCUGACACAUGUACAUGUAAAACAAAAUGUACAGGGCCACAGCAAACAAUAACUACUAACUUGAAAUAGGCUUUGGAGUUAUUACUUUCCGCACUGGUUGUGCAGCCUAGAGAAGAGAGAAAACAAAACAAAAAUGUAUAAUGCCAAUGAUAUGUGAGUUGAGUUUAGAAGAGGCAGCAUAGCUGAGUUGUUAGAGGCCUGAAAUUGCAAUUCAGAGGCCCUGAGCUCAAGUCCCAUCCUGACCGCUAACUGGAUUUGUUCACAGUAGUUCGACUACAAAUCCUCAACCAUACUUAUAAAUAGCCAGCUGGUUUGCCUUCUGCCAGUUGGGAUUUUUAAUCCUUUUAAGUUUGAUUUGAAUGAUUUGUUUCAGGCAAUUGCUUGGCCCCACUAGCAUUAGCGCUAUAAAUACUGCCGAGGGUAAAUAAAGGAAUUAUUAUUAUUAUUAUUAUUAUUAUUAUUAUUGGUUCUCUUCUCUACUCUGGGAGUUUUUUCUCCAAGUAUGAGGGUUUUACCCCCUCCUAAAAAACCAAAUAAAAUUUCCAACUCCCAAUUUGAUCUGGAAAGUGUCUCCAAAUAAAUGGGGAGGCUUAGAGGGCCAGGUAUGUCCCUAACAGCUGGCUGCCGGCUAAUUUCACCAGCUGAAAAAGACCUUACCACUGGCUCAAAUGGCUCUGGAAAAUAAAAACAUGGGGUAAUUUCAAAGGUGCAGUUGAGUAAAAAGUGUGGUUUUCCGCUGGCUGAGGAUGAAAGAAACAGAAAACUUUUUUCUCACACACGGCUAGGAGUAUGGGUUUCAGUGUGCAGGGAGUCUUCAGGUCACAUGGUGUUUCAGAGUUCAGUUGUCUUUGUUGCCUUCUGCCAUUGACCUGCCCCACCCACCCACCCUCCAUGUGUUCUUGGGAUUGUUGUAGGAUUUCAUGUAAUGCCUUAGUUCUGGUUAUUGUUGUAUUCUAAUCUUGUAUCUAGGCUCAGUUUCAGUCGUUUUGUUAGCUCUCUUUUUGUGCUGUGAUUUGCUAAUGAUUUGUGGUGUUGAUAUAAUAAAGAUCGGGCUGCAUGGUUGGCUUGGCAUGGCUCCUAUUUGAGUGUGAGAAAGCCAGCUUGAUCAAUAAAAAAGCCUGCUUAGCUUUUCCUUAGCUACAUCCCUGGAGGGCCAUUGUUACCCACUCUUAACAUAGGUGUUUAUUUCAGUGUUUGUUUGUUUGGAAAGGAUCUUCAUGUGUUUUGAAGAUUGAAAGUAAUGCUGGCAUGAAUUGUACAUUCCAGGCUUCACAGCUGUCAUAAUUUUUUUUUUGGCUGGAAAAACUUGUGUUGCAAAUAUGAUGAGAGUAACAAAGAGAAACAUGUGAAUAAUAUCCACACUUGAUUGUCUAAACUACUGACCUCAGUCUUGCCGAGUCUCCACUAGGAUGUGCUAAUUACACUCACCUCUCCUAGCGUUGGAGAAUUUGUUCUCAUUCGCUUAUAUCCUGCAGAAUGCAGUGAUGAGGCUCCACCAAAUGACGUUCUUCCACGGUAAAAUGGAGAGGAAAACUCACCAGGUUGGGGUGGUUUAGGCUGUCAUCAGAUAAAAAUAAUGUAAAAAUAAAGCAUAUCAUUGAAUAAAGAUGCACUUUUACACAACUACAGAAGACAGUAGGUAGCUUAAGCAACGUCGACAACGGCAGUGAACAUGUCGCUUAAAAAAAAUUGCAUGAUUUCAAACUUUAUUGUAUCUAUUUGGACCUGCUUAAUUUGUCAAAUGUAAGUGAUUUUUCCCGAAGUUGAAUUCCUAAGGAAAGGAAAGGUUCACUCUUCACACACUCUUCAUAAAAUGUCGCAUUAGAAGGUUUCAUGUCGUAGUCAUGUAGUGGACGUCAAAGAAAUGUGCUAAAAAGCAUGAUGCAUCUGCAAAGGUGUUGUCCUGCUCAAAAAACCGAUUUGUUUUUUGACAUUGUCAUUGUUCACGUUGUCGCAGUUGCUUAAGCUCCCUAAUACUACAGGACUCACAAAGUGCUUACCUUUAUAGUGGAACCAAAUGCAGAAACAGAAAAAGAUGGCCUGUUUUUAGGUAAGGCGAAAGGCUGUGGGCCUGGAUGGUAUUCGGAAGAUGGAGGAAACAGCAGUGGUCUGGCUUGGUUUGCACUCCCUGAUGAUGAAGCUUCCACAGUAGGUAAUGGUUCACCAAAUAUUGAAGUAUUUGCUCGUCGUUUGCUUCCAGGGUUUAAAAAUAAGGCAGGAGUAGAUGUUAUAAUUGAAUCUGAUGAGCUUGCUGCCUGUCUGACUUCAUGGGUUAUUGAUAAGUCAUCCUCUUGCUCCUGCAUAAUUUGAAAAAAAUCUUAUUAAGCUAGUUUUUUUGUCACAAGAGAGACACCAUGCAACCUGAUUAUCCACUCUUUGAAAUUCACAAAAAGGCCCUUAAAAGUCCAUUAAUUUUAAAACUCCUUUAUAUUACAUGAAUUCAGUGGAACCUUAAUACAUCGAACUCUCCACAAACAUUAAGUGCCAUUCCUCUUGGAUUUGACCAUACUUUUCAGUCAUUUUUACUCGGUUAACUUAAACUCGGACAACUUGAAUUCCUCGCUAGAUGAAAGUAAAUAGAGAGAAGUCGUUGCCAUGGUAGCAAAAUUUCUGAAUGACAACAAACCAAGAAGUCACUUAAAAAGUGGAUUCGCACUGUUUCAAACUUCGUCGAUCUUAUUUAAUUUCAUUCAACUUGUCAAAUGUUGGCAAAUUUUCUGGGAAAAAUCUGAAAGGACUAUAACUGAGUUUAGAAAAAGACACUUCUUGUGUUGUGCUCACCUACUCCAUAAAGCAGGUGAGUAAAAUUAGGAAGUUUCACAUCGCAGUUGUGCAACAACGGCUAAGAAAAUGUACAAAAAAGGGUGAUGCAGGUGCAAAGUUGUUUUUUUGCCAAUCUAAAUGUAUUGUUUUUUUUUGGCUGUUUGCCGUCGCUGUUGCAAAAACUCCCUAUUGUUGUCAUCCAGAAAUUUUGCUACCAUGGUAACAUGAUGUCACACUUCUCGUCUCUAUUUAGUUCCCACCCGAACAACUCAAUUUCGGCUCUUGCAGCUCACCAUGGAUGCCAUCCCAUUAGCUCAUCUUGUUGUGUAAUCAGAAAAAAAAAACACACAAAACUAACACUACAGCAAUUAGAUUUUAGGUAGUGCAAUCAACAGAUCACAUAAUUAACAGUAUUUGUCUGAUAUACCGGAUCAUCAGAAUAAGAAUGCAUAGUCACAGUUUCUAAUGAAGUUUAAUUUGCAGCAUACCGUACACUGAUUGAAGUGUCAGAAAAUCAGUAAACUAAUAAUUAACAUGGCAAAGUGAAUAGUCAACCAACUCCAAUAACUUGAACCCUUGCUACAUGUAACUCCAACUGUUUUUACUUGUGGAUUAUCCAUGAGUAUUGUGGGGAAUCUGUAGGCAAAUGUGUCACUCACUCAUAACCUGAAGUUUGAUCUAACUAGCCAAUCAAGAGGAAUAGUAUUUCAAGCAAAUCACAAGACUCCCAAUCUCAUGCUUUUUUGGGCAAAUAUCAUUCUGAAAUGAAAUGUUUCUUCAGUUGAAUAAAAAAGGAACUGUUGCUGAAUCGUAAUUGAUUCUCCUCAGGUUAAUACAGAGAAUUGCAAGCUGUACAACACUACAAUGCCGUAAGCGAGAGACUUCGCAAUGGUUUAGCUUCAGAGACACUUAAUAUCGCUUUGUCAGACAUAUGUUCUUCAUAUGCGACGAAAUUAGUUAGAGUACAGCUUUUACCAUCAAAACCAUGCUUGCUUUCCUCAAAUAUAUCUUUCAAUUCUACAUAAAUAAGGCCCUACUAGCUACAAACACCGUCCACCAGCAGAAUUUCAUGGGCAAAAGUGAUAAAGAUAAUUAAUUCAUGUCGAAGGUCUGGGGUCCAACUCCUGCCAUAGGAAACUUUUUCUUUACUGCUUUUUUUUUUUCCUUAAAACAUAUUUUCACUUUUUUUACAGACUUAGAAUAUACCGGUAGACUAAGUACAAGUUCAUUAUCAGCUUUUGUUUCCACAAUAAUUAAUCCAUAAGUAGCCAUACGCACCCUUUGAUUUGAUUACCUUCACAGUUCAAGUUAACAUGGCUCUAUUGUACAAUCAUUUUGGUUCCCAAAAGGUCCAGGCAGAAAUAGAUUGCCAAAAGAUUUUGAGCAAAAUUCAAAAUCAUUGUUGAUGUUGUUGAGUUUUGGCUAAUAUUACCAUGCUAUGGUGAAUUUCCACAGUUCUGAUACACAACUGAUCUCUUAGCCACAUGUACUUCAGCUGUCAGGUGCUUUCUGCGGCUGUACAAUAAUAUUCUUGAUUAUACAAAAUCAUUUUGCAGCUGUACACUACCAGGGUGCAAAGAAAAUCAUUUUUACAGCUUGCUAUUCGGGCAAGUUGAAGCUAGCAUUUACUAGCCCAGACGUCAUUUCAACUAACCCCAAAAGCUUUUUGACAGGCAGAAUUGAUUGCACAGUUCUUCUGUCAUUUGAAUUCCUCACAAAACAUGACUUGCCCAUUGGGCAAGUUAAAAACAGAAUUCACUAGCCUGAUAGCAAAAUCCACCAGCUCCAGGCUAUCGGACACUACUUUCUUUGUACGCUGAUUACCCACUUGAGACUGAUUGUUUAAAUAAGUUGUUUUAUCACUAAUGGGCCAUAAUUUUGACAUUGAUUUAUUAUAACAAGAGGAAGAGCAAUCUUUAGCUUUUACACUUCCUAAGACUACAAAAGAGGGGGGAUAGUCACAAAAGCAUCAUGUAAUAGCCAAGGGCUAGUGUAGCAGCCCAUCAGGCUAGCUUGCUUCCGAGUUGUUCAAUGGGCAAGCAACAUUUUGGUUGCAAAAUAAAAAUGUCAGUUAGGUUUGGUAGGCCUGCCGAACUGCUUGCCAGGACUGCCAUGAAGGUUGUGGUAGCUAGUCUCUCAGGGAAAGUUGUAGGUCACUUAUCACAGAAUCUGCUUAUACUUAUUAUAUUCGACUCAUGUUCAAACUUAGAGAGCCCAGCUGAUUUUACCGCAGUAGCUGGCUGCUUAUGACAGCUAUUGACAGCUAUAGUAUGGGCUAGUAAACUAAAGCAACAGCUUGGCAAGAGGGCAAGCAAUUUGCUAAAUUUCAUCUUAAGCUGAAUGCCAAUUUUUCAGGACACAUCAUUUCCAGGGACAUUACAUGCAUACCAUCACACAUCUAUCCAUUCAUGAAUUCUUACAGACCAAGGUAUAGACAGAGGCAUUAGAAAGCUACAUACGUACAGGAAAUUGGACAAUAUUCAAGAAGGUUAAAGUGAACCCACGACAAUAUAUGAGGGAAAAACCUCACUGCUAAGGAAAAAAAGGAGGGAGUAAAGAAGGCAGGCAAGCACCAAAAGGAUAGCAUACCCGAAGUUACAUAAUAAUACAUUACAAGCAAAAGAACUUUCCAGUUAACUAGAUAGUAAAUUUGAUGAAAUUACUAUUCCCCAAUAUCAUUAGCCUUGGCCUUUUAAUUUUACACAAAUGCACUGUACCUGGAGGCAGUUAACCUGUAAAUGAAAAACCUUCAAGACUUUUCACCAUCUACUACAAGAAUAUGUUUAAAAAUAUGAUUAGGAACAUUAUUUUCAACUAAGUAGUAAGUCACGAAAUCUAUGUUCGGUGUCAAAACCUACCUCGACGGUUUCUGGUCGCACGCUCUCGCUUGCUCGUCUCGAGCUGGGAACUUCGCCCUCAGAUUCUUCCGAUCUAACCGAACUGGUAGAAGCUUCUCCAUAA